UUUUUAAAUGUUUACAAUUUCGUGUUGUGAACGUGCAUAAUUUUUAGUCAGUUAUUAAACGGUUGUUUUGUGAAAAUUACGCUUGAUUACAUUAAUGUUUCCAAAAUGUUGAAGAAAGAGGACAUAGAAAAAUGUCACUUUGUCCCUCUAAGUUCUUUGGAACGUGUUUUAGAUAUGGUAGAAAAUUACAAUCCAGAACAUGACCCCAGAUGCAGACGCAAUUUACUACAGUUGCAGCUGGAAGGAAGUUCUACAGAGAACAAUCAAAGACAGAGGAAAUGGAGACACAAGUUACAUGCGGCUAUGAGCCGUGCAAUAUACUCCCACGAUUGGGAUAAACUUUUGUACCUAUUAAAGAAGUCCCCUAUUUGGGAACAUGAGAGUAGGAGACUGGACCAACUGCCUAUUUAUGCAAGAGCAAUGACAAUAUUGUUAAUGAACCAUCCAUAUGCCAAAGCUCAAUCUUUGCUCAGUGAAUAUUUCCACAUGGUGCUGUCAUGUCGCUCCGAUGAAAACAAGAAAGCACUUUUUAAAGUUUUAUUAUCUUUAACAGAAAAGCUUCAUGGGAGAAGUUAGCUAUUUAUUACUGCAAUUUUUGUAUGUUUAAACAAUACUCAUAUAACUAUUUAUUGUGCAGCUCUUAUGUGAGUCAUACUUUUUUUGGUGACUGCAUCACACUUCUUCAGGGCGAGGGUUAAUGGUGUUGUGUCGCGGUCACGUCGCGCCUCGCACUGCAGUGCCGUAGAAUAAUUAGUUAUAAAAUGUCUCAUGAAAGUUUAAAUAAUUU